AUGGAUAAUUUCUAAUAAUCAAGGUUAUGUUUUUGUUGGAUGUUAAAAAGGUUUAGUCCAUAUUUAAUUUCUUAUGAAUAGAUUAUUUCAUAAUUUAGUGAUAUUGUGUAUUUUCCUAAUGUGAAUUCACAAUUACAAAAAACAGGAAGACUUAAAGUAUUUGCGGUGGAGACUAACUAAAUAACACUGUUUACGUUAGUAAUAACAGUAUCAAGUUGGACUAUAAAGUAAACCUAGUAAAGCAUUUUAGAUAAAAAUUAUUUUAGUUAUUCAAAAUAAAUGAAUAUUACUGAUGUCACUUUUGCAGAAUACACAGAAGAUAACUUAUAAUUCUAUCAAAUUAUACUAACCGAAUUCAAUCAUGGAAUAUUUUGGUUAGAUGCAUUUGUGAAAAUAAUCUUUUAACUCCGUAUCGCAGUGGUAAUGCAUUAGUUGAUCCCUCGCCUUAUUAUUACAUAUCGAAAUAAUCUACAGUUAUUUAUUCAACUACUCAAAAUUUAUCAAUUAUUUCAUUACAAAAUGACUGUUAAUUCUGUUGUUUCAACAACUCUAGAACAACGCUAUUAAUAUGUAGGAUAUUAGAAUUUUUCUACUUGGGGAUAAAGUAUUUCAUUUAGAAACAUAACACCAGUUGAUAAUUUAACAUCUUUGCCAUAAAUUCAUUCAGUAUUAUAUUUUAACACUGGGAAUCGAAUAGUUCAUACUAUUGAUUAGAAUAAACUACAAAGUUGUGACCUAUACAACUAUAAAUUAUCAAUAGAAUGA